ACUUGUUGCCAAAAGAAAUUGGGGGCUCCAGCAUUUAACACCGAACACGCUUUAAGUAUUUAUUCUGCUGACUAUCGAGGCAUUAUUAUAUUGAUGUUGAAUGCCGAACGCCAACUGAAAGAAGACUCGUGAUUAGGCUGACACUACUUCGGCGCACCUGACGGAGAAACAUGGUUGAUAACACAAGUAUAGCAACUAAAUCUGUUUUGCAAAGCUCUUUCUCGUCUGCCAGCAGCCUUCCACGCCAGACUUCCGCCGCCUUUUCCCACAGCCUGUUCCCCGGCGCACAAUCUCACCAGCCCGGCAACGGCGGCAUGAAGCUUGAGGCUGUCAUGGAAAACCUGCAGCGGCAACAGGCAGCGCGGUUAGCCCUGGAGGAGAAGCUCCGGCAGGCGGAAAAAGAGAAGGACCUCUGCUGCAUGGUAGAGUCCCAGAUCCACCAACAAGCGCUGGCUUUCCGCCGCUACCAAGCGGCGAUGCAGGGCGCCUUGGCCGCCGGAGCUGAAAGCUCACCUGCAGGAGUGACUCUUCCUCACAUGGAAGUCCGCAUAUGCGACGAAAACGGGAACUCCAACCCAGGUAGCGACGUUAAGGAACGGGACGGGGAGGGAGAGGACACGGAAGAGCAAGAUAUCAUGGAUGAAGAGGCGGAGGACCGCGAUGAUGCUGGGUUAAACCACUACCAACACCGUCAGUCCUCGCUCCAGGAAGUUUGCAUACCUCAGCAUCUUAUGGCCAGAGUCCCAGCCGUCUUCGCUCCGGCUGGUUGCGCAGAGUCUCCAUCGUCGCACGCCCAGUCGCAGCAACACGAGUGGACCUACGAGGAACAGUUUAAACAGUUAUAUGAACUGGAUGAUGAUGAAAAACGCAAAGAGUUUCUUGAUGACCUUUUCAGUUUCAUGCAGAAACGCGGGACUCCAGUGAAUCGGAUUCCUAUCAUGGCCAAGCAGGUGUUGGAUCUCUACAUGCUUUACAAGCUUGUCACAGAAAAAGGCGGCUUGGUAGAAGUCAUCAAUAAAAAAAUAUGGCGGGAGAUCACCAAAGGCCUUAACCUCCCUACCUCUAUUACCAGUGCAGCUUUCACUCUCCGAACACAGUAUAUGAAGUACCUCUACCCAUAUGAAUGUGAAAAACAGGGACUGAGCUCCCCUGGUGAGCUUCAGGCAGCUAUUGACAGCAACCGUCGCGAAGGCCGUAGGCAGAGCUAUGGCUCAGCAAUCUUCAACUGCUCUCCUGUGGGAACCCCUACUCUUCUGUCCUCACCGAAGCUACAGAUGUCCCACCUGCCUAUGCCCACUCACAACAGUGGCCAUAUCUCCCAGGUGACUGUGAUCAAGAAAGAGGAACCCAUGAUUGUCAGCUGCCUGCCCAGCCAUGUGGUUCUCCCCAUGUCACCCAGCAGCCAUCAUGCAGCAGCCAUGGCUGCCCAGGCAACAGCAGCUCAGGCAGCAACGGCUGUCCAGGCAGCAGCUCUGGAACAGCUACGAGAGAAGCGGGACAGUGGUGAGCCACCAGAAAAGAAGAUUGCGAUGAUUGCAGAGGAGCAGCAGAGGAUCAUGCAGCAGGCCCUGCAGCAGAACCUGCUAGCAAUGGCCUCCCAGCUACCCCUCAACAUCAGAGUCAACAAUAGAGAUGAUAGACAAGAGACCGCAUUGAACCUGUCUACCAACGGCAUUAGCAGCAUCAACAUGUCAAUAGAAAUAAAUGGAGUUGUCUACACAGGCAUCCUGUUUGCUCGGCAGUCAGCCAUAUCAGGGAUGACGGGACACCGUGGGAAACAUAGCCGUCAGACUCAGGGAAAAAACAGUCCUACAAAGUUCCAGCCCUCUUCAUCCUCAACAUCCUCUUCUUCCUCUCUCCAUGGACACAGAAACUUCUCCCCCUGAGUAUUCUGAGCCUCCACACCUUCUCACCUUCCCCUCCGAUCCCAGUGAGAAGAACCCUUUUACUUUCAAAGGCACCAAACAGCUUCAGAUAUAAUCCAGUUGAUUUCAAUUGUAGUUUACUUUACAUCUACACAAUCAGAUUCCAUAUAGAUGAGCAAACAUCAGAUUAACAAGCAACUGUUACAUAAAGCGAUCUACCCCCACACUCUUGCUCUGAAUGUGUAUUGUGUUACGAUUACUUUUAACCUUGAGUGAUUAAAAUCAUCUUUCAUGUCCUCAAAAACAUCUAGUUAGUGUGUAACAGUUUAAAAGUGGUCACCCAUCAACUUAAGGUGCAACCAUGAUGAAUUCCUUUCUUUGUACCCCCUCAUUCGAAUGAUGUGACAGCUGAAUUGCAAACUUCAGGCAAGAAACCACAGUAUUUGAUGAUGUUUGUAGGCUUUAUGACAGACCUCAGAAAUGGACUGAUUACAGCGGAUACCAAAGAAAAUUUUUUUAUCCUUGUUCAAUAUGUCCAGCAAUAAUGAUUCAGCCAUUCAGCUUGUAGAUUACAGCAUGGUAAUAAAAAAGACAAGCACAUCAAACAUGAAAAUCAUCAUUAUGUAGAACAGCUUAACAGACAACCAACAACGGAAAGACUGCACAUUAACACUGUAAUGUUAGAAGUCAAAGUGACUGUGCUUAAGAGUGUCCUCUCUUAAGCACAGUCAGCUCAGUAAAUCCAAAUGGAAUAAGCAAAAUGUGUCUCAACCCCAUAUUGUACACUAAUAUGAAUGUUAUUGUCAUCA